AUGGACGACCCCGUCCCACCAAUUCUUCCCAGUGGGCGGAUACCCGAUACAUUCAACAGUGCAACACCACUGUUCGAAGAAGAAGCUUUCCUAUCACCUGGGACAUUUUCAAGCGCCGACGAAUACGCUGCUAACCCACGGUUCCUGGAACUCCAAGAAGAGUUACGCUGCGUCCUCUUCUCCGCAGUCGCAAGUCUUGAACCAAGCUCAUAUACAUCACCCGCACCAACAGAUCCACUAGACGGCCCCGGGCCACGCGCAUCACACCAAAGUCUAGACUUCACCCGAGUUUCCAUACCGAAGAUCCGAUUAAUAUACUACCUCAAAAACUGGAUCACGGAAUGCGCCCCAUACCUGGAUAAAUUCGACGAGGCCCGGCAUUUCGGGGUCCACAUCCCUAUCCUAGCGCAACGAUCUCCGACAUUAUUCUAUGCUAUUCUAGCUUUCUCAGCCCGGCAAACCGAGCGCAAAGCAUGUCUCGAUAAAGCCUACGACAGCCUGGAACUCUACCAGGAAUCUAUCCGCCUCUUAGGACCAUGCCUCCAGGCGAAAGAUCCGAAUGUCCUCGUGACAGUCUGCAUCCUCGCAGUAAUGGAGCUAAUGUCCGUUAGCCCACGCGACUGGCGUCGACACGUCGAAGGCUGUGCCGCAUUAUUCGACUCAUUCAAUGUAAAUGGCCUAUCAGGAGGCCAUUUACAAGCUGUAUUCUGGUGCUACGCGCGUAUGGAGUUGUGCGGAGCGAUAAUCUCGAACGGGGCCGAAAGCACAGUUCUAGCACUUGAGAAGUGGGUUCCAGCGAUGCCUGAAACAUCAACACCAAAGGAGAGAGAAGAUAUGAUCCGUGAUCUAUUCUGCGCAAAGGGUCGCAUCAGUCCCGACAUGCACGCCAACUGGGCAGUUUACCUCUGCGCCAAGACCUGUGACCUUGCAUGUCGACAAACCAGACACAUAGAACUAGGUGAGAUAGUCUCCGACUCGCGCCCAUUUACCGAGCAAUGGACUUCUCUCUGGGAGGAACUGCAAUACUGGCUCGAAACACGACCUCCAGCCAUGCUACCCAUCAAAACCACGGGAAUAGGAGGCGGACAGAUAUUCCCUGAGAUUUUAUUUGCGCAUUGGGCCGCUAUCUCGGGGAACCAGUUAUAUCAUGCAUCUUGUAUCAUGAUGCUUGAUAUGAGGCCGACAGAAAGCGUGCUACCGCCGGGUAAACCGCAUUUCUCGGCGAUUUGGCAUGCGAGGAGGGUGUGUGGGAUCUCGUUGACGAAUCCGCAUAGUGGGAAUUUGAUCAAUGCGAUUCAGCCAUUGUAUAUUGCAGGGAAGUUGCUCAGUCAUCAUAGUGAGCAUGUGGAGGUUGCGAAGUUGUUUAAGAUUGUUGAGGAGACGACGGGGUGGGGGGCGCUAUGGAGGUUGAAGGAUCUUGAGAGGGCUUGGGGAUAUGAGCCCGGGGAGAUACUGUCUGCGAUAUGA